GACAUGGAAAAGGAAAACGUGACGUUGCUGACAGACUUUAUUCUCACAGGACUUACAUAUGAACCAAAGUGGCAAAUCCCUCUGUUCCUGCUGUUCUUGCUUAUAUAUUUCAUCACCAUCAUGGGGAACCUAGUUCUGAUUGCUCUCAUAUGGAAUGACCCUCAACUUCACAUCCCCAUGUACUUAUUUCUUGGGAGUCUGGCCUUUGUGGAUGCUUGGUUAUCAUCCACUGUGACCCCCAAUAUCCUGGUCAAUUUCUUUGCCAAGAGUAAGAUGAUCUCUUUCUCUGACUGCAUGAUACAAUUUUUUUCCUUUGUUAUCAGUGUAACCACAGAAUGUUUUCUGCUGGCAACAGUGGCGUAUGAUCGCUAUGUGGCCAUAUGCAAACCUUUACUCUAUCCGGUGAUAAUGACCAAUAGACUAUGCAUCAGGCUAUUAGUUUUGUCAUUUUUAGGUGGCCUUCUUCAUGCCUUAAUUCAUGUAGGCUUUUUACUCAGAUUAACCUUCUGUAAUUACAACAUAAUACAUCACUUUUACUGUGACAUUAUCCCAUUACUUAAGAUUUCUUAUACUGACCCCUCUAUUAAUUUUCUGAUGGUAUUUAUUUUUGCUGGGUCAAUACAAGUGUUCACCAUUCUGACUGUUCUUGUCUCUUAUACACUUGUUCUCUUUACAAUAUUAAAAAGGAAGUCUGUACAAGGCAUCAGGAAAGCCUUCUCCACCUGUGGAGCCCAUCUCUUGUCCGUCUCUUUAUACUAUGGCCCUCUUGUCUUCAUAUAUGCGUGCCCUAGAUCUGCACAGGGAGAUGAUCAAAAUAUGAUGGACUCUCUAUUUUACACUGUCAUCAUCCCUAUGUUAAAUCCAAUUAUCUACAGCUUGAGAAAUAAGAAAGUCAUAGAUUCACUGGCAAAAAUGUUAAAGAGACAUGUUUAG